AUGUUGCACAGGUUUCUGUUUCAAGUUUCAAUCAGUUUCAUCAGAAAGUUUACCACCAAGAGUAGAAUACAGACGACAAUACAAGGCAGGCAGCUUGUUUAUUUGACAGACAAAGACACAGAUCAGGGUUUUGUAUCACGACUUUUCCUCGGAACCAAAAUUAAUCCAAAGAUGGAACUCACGCUACUUAGGAAUAAUACACCACCAACAAGCAAACGAUUUAGGAAUACACCAGCAACUAGAAAAUACAGAACACAAGCUUUCAUCAAGACGACAGGAAAACAAAUGAAGUGCUUUCCUUCCAUGAGAUGCAAAGCAGCACCUAAAAUUGCAAAUUCUGAAGCCUUAGAAGACUCCCUUUACGCGUAGCUUUUUUGCAAAAUAAAAAUGUACACUGGGAAAGCAAAAAGUGCGGACCUGUAUAUAUGAAAAAGCAACUGUACACUAGUAGCCGCAG